UGAAAAAUGGUCCAGUGAGAAAGAUGAUAUACUGAGUUUAAUAGCACUCUUAAUUGACCAAGAUUAUUAACUGACUGAGGCCAUACAAUUUGUGAGCAAUGCCUUCAUGAACUACUCGAAUCAGCCUGUGAUCAAGAUGAAAGAAAUCAUUCCUCAGAUGAGGCUAUAUUUUAUUGUCCUGAAUGAGGAAAAGAGUAUGAAUACAGGUCUGUCUCAAGUUUUCCAAAGAAUUUAUAUUUACUAAACUUAAACCAGCCGAAAAAGGAUGAAGAUAGAGGAUCUUCUAAAAGAGGUUCUUCUCAUAAAAGCUCAACCCCAGAGAAAUCUAGCUUAAAUAACUCUAACGACAAUGUUAUCUGAGAGUUUCAUCUUAAGAAAGUUGAAGCUUAUUGCAUGAUGUGUAGGCAGGUUCUCUGAAUUGAUUGCAUUCUUAACGAUGGCCAUAAGAGCCAUGAAAUAAAUUCCAUUGAAAAAGCAUCAGGAAUUGAGAAGAACCUGUUCUAUGACUUCCUAAAGCACUCAAUGGAGAUAGAAGAUACUAUAAAAGCUCAUAAUUUAGAUAUAGAUAAUCAUUUCUUGGUAGUAAGAAAUCAAGCCAGCAGAAAUAAAGAAGCUAUUACUAGGAUCUUUGGGAAAGUUAGAGACUUAAUCAAUAAGCGAGAAGCUGAGCUAAAAGACAAAAUUAGUUCAGUGUUGGAUGAAGAAGAGUCCUACCUUAAUGAAAAGAAAACCCAGCUAAACUCUCAGCUGAAGGUUAUUGAUGAAUUUAAAAGAGAAUCUAGAAUAAUUGACUCUAAUAUCGAUAUUAAGGUACUGCAGCAUUCACAAGAACUUUACAACCUAUCCCAGAGAGCUUUGGAGAAGCAUAGCACUGCGACUCUGAAGGAUCCAUUUGUCAACGUCAAAGAGGAUAUAGAAAUAAUGCAGAUCUGUAAGAUGAUUAAUCCUUCCUUGAACACUACAAACAUAACUAAAAGUAUGAAGAAUUCAAAAUAUUCAUCAGGAGGGUACAGGCCUCAGGGAAGCAGGACCAAAUCAAAGGAUGGUAGAUCAGAGAAUCUCAAAAGCACCACCCUCCUCAAGAAAGGAAAUUGGAAUAAUUCUGGGAAUAUUGCUAAGAAAUCAAAGAUUUCUGAUCCAGUAAGUCAGAAGCAGAAAGAAGAGCCAAAUUAUACAAAAGCAAUUCAUAAUAAGAAAAGAGGGAAGCAGAAUCCUAUAGAUGAAAUGGAUAAUGCACCAAGCUCUGGGAAGAACACCCAGGUCUCCCAAGGAAGCUCUGAAGCUUGUCUCAGAUCAAGCGUAGAAGCUUAUAAGAAAAAGCAAGUAGGAAGAAAAGGUCCUCAUGAUUGGAAGAAAAAUGACGAGAAAAUAAUGCAAGAAUCUAAAACUCCUUUUACUACAGGAACAAGAGGUCCUUAUCCUCCAUUUAAGAAAUCAACAUCCUUGAAUGAAGCCAGGAAUAAAUACAAGAGUGAUCGAGCGAAGGGAGAAAAGAUGAGAAAAACUGAUUCUGGGCAGGAAGUAUCAAAUGCUCCUAAGGUCCCUCGAUUAGGACCUACCAAGUCCACUCCAGUGUACCACUCACCUUCAGAGAGUCUUCCUUCUUACAGAAAAGAAGAGGUUAAAGGGACAAAUGAGAACUUUGAGAUUCCUUCAAAUUGGGAGGUGAGUAGGAUCGAGCAGAACAGUGAACUUGAAAAAUCCUUCAAGAAAGAGAUGAGAGGGAUACUCCCAAUGGGAGAAAAGUCUCAAGGAUAUGAAAUUGAGAGGAGACUUGAAGACUAUGAAGAACACUCUAAAGACUUCACUCAGUCACAAGGGCGUAAGAAAGUUUCUGCAUCCCCUGCCUCUGAAGAUAAAACGAUGACCUCCAUGGUAACUAGCCAGAAGGAUGUGACUAAGCAUGACCUUAGCCGAAUGAUGAUCACAGUUGAUCAAUUUAUUUAUGUAAUUUCUGGAUAUAAGAACACUACUCUUUCAAGUGUGGAGAGGCUUAACUUGAACAAAGGAAUUUGGCAGCCAGUAAGCGAUAUCAACAUUGCUAGGACCAAAUUUGGAAGCGUAUCGGUGAAAGGACAGAAAAUAUACCUUCUCGGAGGGAAACUUGUUGAUGGCUCCAGAACUGAUAUCAUUGAGGAAUAUGACGUGAGUAAAGACCAAUGGGUAGAAUCUAAGCUGACAAUGCCAUCUCCGAGAUCUGGCUUCUCAAAUGUCCUUCUCAGUGACAAGCAGUUGAUUAUAAUAGGAGGAAAUGAUGGCCAGGUUCUCGAAACUUGAGACUUGCUAAAUUUAGGAACAGGAGAAUGGUCCCAAAUCCCUUCUAUGAUGACCAAAAGAGAUGAAUUAGCAGUAACUAUUGGCCCAGAUGGAAAGAUUUAUGCUAUUGGAGGAUAUGGAGGUCAGAAUAGCACUUGAUUAAAAUCAGUGGAAAGAUUCAACUUGCAAACAUAUGAAUGGGAAAGAGUAGCCGAUCUUAAUGAACCUCGAAGAGCUCUUGCAGCUGUCUCAUUACCUGAUGGUGUCUAUGCAAUUGGAGGGUAUAACGGAAGUAAAUACCUUGGUAGCAUGGAAAGGUAUGAUGAAGUAAAUGAUUGUUGGAUAAAAUGAGCAGAAAUGAACAGUCCCCGCUGCACUCUUAGUGCGGUUAGUUCUAAUGACUGCCAGUAUAUUUACACAAUGGGAGGAUUUGAUGGAUCUUAUAUGGAUGUUGUAGAGAGAUAUGAUCAUGUUCAUGAUUCUUGGGAGUAUGUUACUCCAAUGAUGACCUCAAGAUUCAUGCAUUCUUCUUGAAUUGUAAACAUCAUAAGAAAGUAA